GAUCGAAGCCAAACCAAACCAAACCAUUGUUGGGCGUGGCUGGAUAUAUCAGGGCGAUCCUGGUCCCCUUUUCGGUAUAUAAGCGAGGAGGAACCGGGCUGACAGCAUCAUUCGGUCAUCGACGAUCACAGAAUUAAUCCACACCAUGGUCUUCAAGCUGGUUUCCGCACUUGCCCUCGUGGCCGUCGUCUCUGCUGGCGUAAUCCCAUCGGCUCCGAUUGCCUAUCACGCGCCUGUUGCCCCCGUCUACGCUCACGCCGCUCCCUUGGCACCAGUAGCCCCAGUUGCCUACGCAGCCCCGAUCGCUAAGGCAGUUGUGGCCAAAGCCGUCGACGCCGACUACGACCCGAACCCCCAGUACAACUAUUCCUACGACGUUCAGGACGCGAUCACUGGUGACAACAAGCAGCAACAGGAGAGCCGCAACGGAGACGCCGUUCAGGGCAGCUAUUCCUUCAUAGAAGCCGACGGAACCCGUCGCAUCGUCGAAUACACCGCCGACCCCGUUAACGGCUUCAACGCCGUCGUCCACAAGGAACCCGCCAACGUCGCCGUCAAGGCCGUUGCUCACGUAGCUCCCGUCGCUCCCGUCGCUCACGUCGCCCCGGCUGCUCUCUACCACCACUGAUUACCAACUUGAACCCUGAAAUAACACAACACGUUUUGAUACAUUUAUAUUUAUGUGUUCGGUGUAAAUAAAGAACUGCUCUUUUUAUCAAAA